AUGAUCGAGGAUGCGGAGAUCGUGAAGUCCCGCGGGCUGUCGCGCCUGCCCACCAUGCAGGUUGUCGACAGCGGCGAGAAGUUCGGGCUUGUGAAGGCAGAGUAUGCGACGACGUACCACCACCUCACCUGCACAGUCAAGGACGAGCUCGAUGAAGACUUGCUGGACCUCUCUCUGCACGACGAUGCCAGUGCUGACCUUAUCCUUCGAGAGCUUGCUAUUGACCCCGCACUUCGUCUGCAGCCGCUGCCCAUCGAUUCUCCUCCAACCAAGCCUGCCAUCGGGCUCAUCGAGGGCACAAGCGACUGCCCUCCUGCUCCUUCUGUUUUGCCUGAUGAUCAAGCCCUGAGGCCUACAGCCCUGUGCACAGAGCCGGCUUCGCGCACGGUAAUGCCGACUGUGAUCGACUUGGAUGCCGAGUCCAGCGAAAUAACUGUCACUUUCUCGGAGAUGACUACUCAGCCUACUGAGGACAGCGACAUCGAAGUUGUAGGAGCCGCUCCCUCUGUUACACGGAAGGGGAAAGAAAAGCAACUGAGUGGACCUCGGGAAGCACAGGCUCUCACAUCGGAUACAUUUGAAGACACCACAACAGCCGUUACGAACGCCCGAUACUCACCCGACCAGUCGCUGCAUGCACCAUCGAAGCGCAAGGCUAGCGAUGCAAACGUGGCGGAACGGUACGACCAGCCGCAACCGAGCAGUGCGGGGUCGAGCAAGAGACUGAAGACAUCAAGGAAAAUCACAAAAAAUGUUCCGUCCGCCAGAAUGCAGCCCGGAAACAAGUCCAUACACCCGUUCUUUGUGUCACAAAGGCCUGCUAUGUCUGCCACACUGCUCACCAAAGUCCCCGGCCCUGCUCUCGUGUCGCACACGGUCAACACCUCGGUGCAGUCAGAACUGGUACCAGAGGAGCCGCACAUGCUCCCGGUCGUGCAAAUCAGCGGGCCCUCGCGUUCGCAGCGGCUCUUCUCGGUUGUGACUGGGAUCAACCCAAGCUCACUUAGUAUUUCUGCCGACUCGGAGUUUUACUUAUUUAUGGAUAUGAGGGCCGAGGGCAAGUGGGCCUCGUUCAACAUGACUCCAGCCAAGUGGGUCGCCGCGGCAGAGGCCUACAAUGCUCGCCUUGAGGAGCUGACCAAGUCCCGGGGGCUCCCAAUGGCAAGGAAGACUCCCCGUGCUCUCAUGGAAAAACUCGGCGAGCUUGAGCCGAAGAUCCUGGCGCGCAUCAUUGCGAAAGACUAUACCUCGAAGCGUACCAACACGGAGGCAUUCUGGAUGAAGCACUGCCUCGCGGUCACACUGACGAAGGUUGAGAACGGUGAUGGCAAGACGCGAAAGACGCAUACCUGCACGCGCUGCCGGGCCAUCAUGUAUCCAGGCAUGAAGGGCUCGCGCGAGAACCACAACAGAGCUUACUGCAUGGACGGCGUCAGGCAGAAGCCCAAGAAGGUCGAAAGGACUGUGAAUGGCACACCGGAAACCAUCACAGAAGACCCACCCGAGUUCCCACAGCCGCGCGGUAUCUUCUCGGGCGGCACGCACUUCCAUCCGGACGUGUUCCUGAGGACGGUCGAACACAUGUACGAACAGCUGGUUGUUCGCAAGGGGACCGGUGGCGCGCUGUCGAUGGAGUACACCGCGUACGCGACACUGCUGUCCAAGCGCUUGAAGGUCUACGAUGACGGCAUGGCCCUGUUCGAGCUGUACAGCUCCUUGGAGAUUGCAUCCCCCGCGCGCGCGGCCAAUUUCGUCGUCGAGCGCAACGGCAUCAAGUACCUGCGCAUCGACUAUCUCAAAGAUGCCGAGGACGUCCCCGGCAGCAUUGUCCCUGCCGCGCAGGGGAGCGGGGAUGUCUGA